AUGCCUGUGUUCAUUCCAGUCGCAAGAGAGCUCACCGCAUCGCCGGCGAGAGCAGCUCGUCCUCACCCUCCAAAGUCCCAUGUGCCGCUGCAUGCCGCGCCGUACGAGAGGGUCGAGCUGCCAUGCUUCCAGCGGGCCACCUCCAUCUCGCUCUCCGCGUCCUCCUCCGUCAUCUACUCAUCUUCCACGCUCCGGCCAUCGGAGACCUCUCCGCGCUUACAAGUUACAACAAUCAUACUCUGCGGCAGCACUCCCGACGCACUCGCCGACCUGGUCCGCUGUUGCCCGCGGCUGCGCACGCUCAGGUUCUUGGGCCCUAGCGCGUUCUACAUCGGCAUCCCUCUCAACAUCACGGUCGCGCUGCAGGAGCACGUCCUCGAGUGGGAGAGCCAAGCAAGAGUAAGCGGCAUCGACGUCGCAGCACCCAUGCUGGAGCAAUUAACCUUGUCCGCCCGCGUUGGAGACGACCACGGCGUAUCCGUCUUGGCACCGAUGGCGGACAAUGUCUCAUGGCACUGCCGUUACGGCAGCAAGUUCAUGGGGAUGGGAUACUGGACACUUGAGAGAGUGAGCUUGGUGAUGUCGCCGCCAGCGAGACGACACCCACCUGUGCUGCAUAUACAAUCUUUCAAGCACAGAUACCUUAUCUCGGGUUUGUUAUGGACGCAAGAUAACUUGGCGGGUGAAGUAGAGAAACAUCUGCAGAUGCAGUUUGCUGCGGACUUGUCUGUUGCGGUCCACUUUUCUGUCUUUGACUUGGAGCUGCACCUUGCACCUAUGGGCCAUGUUUACGGAGCAGUAUCGUUUUACUUCCUCCGGAUGCAUACGAUUUGUACUACCAUACGUAGGCUCAAGGUUGCCGUGCCCCAAUCCAUGGUAGUCCGUGACAAAGAGAAAUGUCAAGAAUAUUGUGGCUGCGAGCCACCCGAUUGGACAAGCCAAAUUGUUUCCUUGACGAAGCUUAAAGAUGUGGAAAUCGAUGGUUUCCAAGGAGACAAGCGUGAGUUUGACUUCCUGGAACAUCUAUUGAGAUGUGCACCAAUGCUUAUCAAUGUGAUUCUAAGGCACUCCAGUGAGGGCGCGCCAAGUGAAGCAAAAAUUCACGAGUUCUCCUUAGCGCAUCCUUCCGUGGAAUGGCACUAUGUUAUAUCUUCUGUUUCUGUAUCUAUGGCUCCAUAG